CUGGUGUUCUGCACUGCCAAGACACUAAAACAUGGGGGCUCACCUUUCGAGACGGUAUAUCACCGAAAGGGAUACCGAGCCAGACCCAGCGAAGAAAUACGACUUCGAUCCCCUUUAUGGCUUUCCCGAAAGAAAGGAACGAGAGAUGGUAGCGACCCAGGAACAAAUGAACUUGGCCCGUCUACCGUUGGAGCAGAGGGACUACUGUGCUCACUAUCUCCUCAAAGUCAUGAAGUGCAAGAGGGAUAACUGGCCCAACCUGCUCGCUUGCAGCCACGAAAAACAUGACUGGGACUACUGCCAGCACGAGGACUAUGUCAUGCGUAUGAAGGAGUACGAGAGAGAGCGGAGACUCCAGCUGAGGAAGAAGAGGAUCGAGGGCCAAGCUGAGGCUGCGUGAUUAGAAUCACAACUUACCCUUGAUUUUCUGUGUAUAUACCUGCUUCUGACCACAAUAAACAGCCAUAUUUGAGCUGAA